CACAGAUACCAUUUUAUUUCAGCAAGGGAAGUUUGAGGAUUUGUCUGGGAUAUAUUUCAGGAAAAAAAUAUGAUUAAGUCAAACGUAUAGUAAAUCUCCCUUAAGGAAAGCUUUUGAGAGCCAUUCUAAGUGUGAUUUGUCUGCUAUCAGAAGAUUCCAAACAUCUGUGAGAGUCCCUGGAGGACAGGCCCUAAACAGGAAUCACAGCACAGAAUGACAAGUCCAGACUGCCACGAUGCCACAAUGUCUGAAGAGUAGGCUAUUAGCACUGCAGCAAGAACAGCCAGCUUCUGUGUUAUGUCUUUUGGAAGUGCCUCCUAAACCGACGUCUGCCUCUCAAAGACCCGAUUCAUCCGUGAGCUUGAGGCGCCACGUCACAGAACAGUGUGUGUGCAUCCAACAACGAACAGAGAUGUCGGUAAAACUGGAACCCAGGCCCGCGGUAUGCUCCAGUCAAGGAUCCGUUUCAUUCCACCUUCUCAUCGCGCUUCAAAGAACAAUGAUAACCGAUACAAAAUGAAAGAAAGAGCCGAUGACGUUCGUUCCUGUAACCGGAGAGCGUAAACACUCAGUCCUAGGCUCACGGGGAAUGAUUGGAAUGUCUGCUCUUGAAACCUGUUCCACAGGCAGAGGAACAAGUUACAAUUUUUCUUUCAAAGAGUGACACAUCAAGCAAGAGAAGGGAAUCAUGCAGGAGCUUCUGGCAUAGGGUGUGGGACUGGUUACAACUUCAUGGAAGUCAUGACCAGGUGGAGAACGGCAGGACGUUUUUCAGUUAAUAGAUUCAGCAAAAGCCACAUUAUUUACCGUCGUAAACAAUGUCAAGUGUUGAUAUUGCGAUCGUCUUGCUCCUUGAUGUGUUUGUACGUCCUGGGAGGUGUUAUGUUCCUGCUGGGAGUUGGCCUGUGUGUGUUCAACCUGCGGAAAGCUUCAACGGGCAACGCCAGAGCCACUGCAAUGCUAGUCAUCUGGACUCACCCGUUCGGACACAUACGCAAACUACCAGACUGUGAGGCGCGCUACGGCGUUAGCGGCUGCACGCUCACAGACAACAGGCUUGCGUAUCCAAGCGCAGAUGCUGUCAUCUUUCAUCACCGGGAGAUUGCGACCAACGUGAGCGCGAUCCCAUUAGACCCGCGCCCACGUGACCAGAAAUGGAUCUGGAUGAACUUCGAGUCUCCUUCUCACACUCGCAACCUGAAGCGGUUUGAAGGCAUGUUCAACCUCACCAUGAGCUACAGAGCAGACUCAGACAUCUUCCUUCCCUAUGGAUAUCUGGUUUCUCGCCACAGCACUCAUGGACACCCCCUCCAUGUCCCCUCCUCCCCCCACCCCAGGCCCUGCCUCCUCGCCUGGGUCAUCAGUAACUGGGCGGAGUCUCAGGCUCGCGUGGCGUUCUACCGCCAGCUGAGCCGGUACGUCCGCGUGGACGUGUUUGGGCGCGCCGGCCUUGCCCUGCCUGGGGACAGCCUGGUGCGGACGGUGGCCCGCUACCAGUUCUACUUGGCGCUGGAGAACUCCAAGCACACCGACUACAUCACAGAGAAGGUCUGGAAUGCUCUGCGGGCCGGCGCCAUCCCCAUCGUGCUCGGGCCGACGCGGGAGAACUAUGAGCGAUUCCUGCCGGCCGAAUCCUUCAUCCACGUAGACGACUUUGCCAGCGUGCGUGGCCUCGCCCAGUACUUGAGGCUUCUUUGGCGGAGCCCCGCCCACCUGGAGCGUCACCUGAGCUGGAGGCGGAGCUACAGCAUGCAUCAGCCUGCGUUUUGGGCGGAGCAUUUCUGCACGGUGUGCCACGUGGUGAUGAAGGCCAGGGGCAGGACCAGCACUGUCGAGGGCCUGGCCAGGUGGUUCCAGUCCUGAUCACCAACAUCCUAGACAAUGUGAAUAAGUGCUACCGUAUUUGCUCCUAUACACAGUACUGAAAUGGGUUUUAAAGGGGAGCUUUGUGAGGGUUCUGUAUGGAAAGAAGGAUUGAUCUUGAGUGUGUGGGUGUGUUCAUGUGUAUCAAAUUGUUGUCCAAGCACAUGUGCUAAAGUAGUAGUAAACAGUAAUCUCAUUCUGCCCAGAAACAGAUGAUUUUUACAUAAACUUCCUCUGGGAGUCGGUCGUCUGUUCGAUCAGAGAGGUGAAGCUAAUCCCUCUGAAAUGUGUUUUCACCCUGGAGUACGAGACAUUUUCACUUCCAGCAGAGUUACGGAAGAGUGAAGUCGUUCUCGCUUUCUUUCUCUUUUUUACAUUUUACAUUUAGUCAUUUAGCAGACGCUCUUAUCCAGAGCGACUUACAGUAAG